GUCCAUCUUGUUGAGCAUGCAGUACUGUAACUUACCUGUCAGCAGAACAAUACAUUGCAUCUCACUGCUGCAGGCAGAUAUGAUUUCCAAGCAAAACAAGCAGUGCUAUGUCAAAACGUAGGACGCCACCUGACAGUGUGGCCUCAAGUGUAACCAAGUUUUAGGAAGCGUUGGAUAAAGUCUCACUCACGGCAGCUUAUCAGUUUACUUCAAGUAUAUACUGAGCUGCUAAACCAGGCAAGUGAAUUUUUACCAUAGGAGAAGAUGUAAUUCAGUAACUGUUCAGGAAUGUUACCCUUCCACUUUCUGGGUGUAAGGUUCAUGUGUUUUACAUAAGAUCACGGAGUCCACUUUCUGACUUUUAUCAUCAUCGUCAUUAGAACGGUCACCACCACCACUGCCUUCAUUUCAGCGUGGCUUAGCAACUUGCUUAAUGUUGAAAGCUUGUGUGAGAAAUGCAGCUUGGUAGUCAAGAAACAAUGGAAAUAUUUGAUUUUCUUAAGUGAAACUAAGUCCACAGACCUCUUAAGACUAAAGUUUAUCAGAGCAUCUCACUUGCUUGAUAAUUUUGCCGGCUACCUUAUUAUUUGGCAUGUGAAGAUUGACUUUUCUAUCCAGAAUGAAGAUGAGACGUCGUAAAUUGUUCCUGGUACUUUGUAUGCUGGGACUUUGCCUCAUCUCCUUUCUGCACUUUCUAAAGGCACUGUCAUACAUUGCAAUUCCCAGAGAACUGUCAGGACUGGGUCCACAGUUGAAGUCUAUCUUUAUAGUUGCCAGUUUUUCCAGUUUCUGGAAUGAUGCCUCAGUGAUAGAAAAAAAUAACCCUGAACUAACACCAGCCUUUGAUGGCCUUCGAACUCCAGUGUAUGCCCAUCCUACCCAGUUCCAGUAUUCUAGAGAGGUUGUAGCCCUGUCUACAGCAGACUUUGUUUUAAAAGAAGACACAGCACAGUAUUUUGUUCGGACCAAAGCUGGUGCUGUCUGCUUUCAUCAAGGCACCAAACUGCAGCUGAAACCCCAACCAAACUCACCAGAAGAGAAAUUUGAACUACUUAAAGAACAGCCAAGCAGAAAGUUGCUCUCUGCUGGAAGCUCUAAAAGGAGAAAAUGGGUAGAGUGUGCUUGUCGCCCUGGGUGGCAUGGUGCAACUUGUGGAGUCCCCACUGUUGUCCAGCAUUCUAAUAUCCCAACCAAAGAUAGACUUGAGCCACGUGACAUUCCACGGCGUAUAAUCAAUGCUAUCAACAUUAACCAUGAGUUUGACCUUUUGGAUGGUCGUUUUCAUGAACUGGGGGAUGUUGUGGAUGUGUUUGUUGUUUGUGAGUCUAACUUUACUGCCUUUGGUGAGUCACGGAAAUUGAAGUUUGCAGAAAUGUUGCUGAAUGGAACCUUUGAUUAUAUCAAGCACAAAAUUCUGUAUGUAUUUCUGGACCAUUUUCCUGAUGGAGGAAGACAGGAUGGUUGGAUUGCUGAUGAUUAUUUACGGACGUUUCUUACCCGUAAUGGGAUCAGCCGCAUCAAAAACUUGCGAGAUGAUGAUGUCUUUCUCAUUGAUGAUGCUGAUGAGAUCCCUGCCAGGGAUGGUGUCCUUUUUCUGAAGCUUUUUGAUGGGUGGACUGAGCCUUUUGCUUUCCAUAUGCGCAAGUCUCUGUAUGGCUUUUUCUGGAAACAACCAGGGACAUUGGAAGUUAUCUCAGGCUGCACGUUAGCGAUGUUGCGCAUGGUGUAUGAUAUGGAUGGUAUCAAGUUACGUAGGCGUGAUUAUUAUACUAUGCCAAACUUUCGCAGGUAUGAAAAUCACACUGGGCACAUACUUGUGCAGUGGUCUCUAGGUAGUCCACUGCAUUUUGCUGGCUGGCACUGCUCUUGGUGCUUCACACCAGAAGGAAUUUACUUUAAGUUGAUAUCUGCACAGAAUGGCGACUUCCCACGCUGGGGAGACUAUGAAGAUAAAAAAGACUUGAAUUAUAUACGCCAGCUUAUUCGAACUGGUGGCUGGUUUGAUGGAACCACACAAGACUAUCCACCUGCAGACCCCAAGGAGCAUAUGUAUGCCCCAAAGUACUUUGUGGAAAAUUAUAAAAAAUACCACUAUUUACUAAAGAACCCUUACAUCAAAGAAGGUGAUGGAGCUGGAGAGUGAAAACUAUGAAGCAUUAAUGUUGCAUUUGUUAAUGUAUGCAAGACUUUACUUGAAGAAACCUAGCAGGGUCACAGUUAAUGUGUUAAAGGGUACCAUAGGGGCUAAAGCUGGCACCUUGAGGGUUCUGUCUGUGGGAACAGUUCUGACACAAUGCACAUACGUUUUUGACAUACAUACACUUAUAAAGUAAGCAUGAAAAUAGGGUAAAAUUCACAGUCUGUGCCAUGGAUUUAUCAUGGAACCAUUUCUUCUGAAAUCAUGAGUUUGGGCUAGAUAUGCAAGACUUGGCACAAAUACAUAUGUUUUUUAUUUAGAUUUAACAUAUAUCGCUCAAAACCUACUCAUUGGAGUUAUAAUGUUCAUACUCCCUUUUCUAUUCAAAAGAUGUUCACUUUCAGUGCAGUCCUAUGACACAUUUGUCAUUUCUGGCACCCCCACUCCUGUAGUCAGCCUUUUGCACAGAAAACUAGGGCUGAAUGGCAGUGCCACUGUCGUUAUAAUUCCCUAAUCAGCUCUGAGCCUGAACCUCAUACAGCUUGAGCUUGCUGUAUGAGGUGUAUUGGUUCAAGGCAAAAAUGUACUGGUGUCUUGUAAUGCUCUUCCUCCUAACAGGAAGAAAAACAGAGUAUUCUGAUGUGCAAGUAUUAUCCUGCUGAUACACCGAAACACUGAAACUUAUAAAAUUAAUUUAACCCCUUCCUUCAGUGAACAAUUCCCUAACUGACUACCAUAUACUUUACAUAGCUUUCUGUAUUCUCUUCUUAUACUUUGCCUAAGAUGUAAACUGCUGUAGAUAAGAAUUUCGAUUUUUUUAAGGGGAGGUGUCUUAAUAGAAAAAAACUUAGACAGAAGAAAUUAUUUUUUGUUUAAAGACUGCUUUAUGGUGCAGGCAUGGUUUUGUUCUGUAUUAAAUUGCUGCAACAGUAAAGUGAUGUCAUCAACAUCUCUAAGUUAUGCAGUAUAUUUUUCAGUGAAGAUUAUUCCAGACAUCCUGUAUAUUUACAUUUAGAAGCUGUGCUGCAGAAACAGAACUCUAAUGUUGGGAAGUAACCGUAAAUUGGAAAGAUGUAUAAAACAGUUUUCCUGGUGGGAGGACUUGAAGAUCUGUUGAAAUUGUCUGGUUCUACAGACAGGUCUGUAAAACAUGGGGUGCUGCACCUUGCCCCCCCCCCCCCAAUGCUCCCUGCAGUGUGUACUGUUUAUGAAUGGAAGGUGAGCGAAUUUCGUGUUUUGUUGACUUUCUGGCACUUACCUUUUGUAACACAGAUUGUGGUGCCAAGAGCACCAUGGUUCAUUUUCCCACUAAUACUCCUAAAUUAUGUGGUCUGUUUUUUAAUAAAAAAGUUAACAUUCUGUUUUAGCUACAUUUAUAUCACUUAGACUUCCAGUGAGCUUUAGUUUGGAUGUAUGCCCAUAGACAUUAGGGGACACGCAGCUAAGUAUUGAUGAGUCACUAAGGGAUAAAGAAAAUGUGUGAGAAUGUUUAUAAUAAAAAUUUGCAAAGGUUUUUAUUAAACACAAGACCUUAUAGUAGUGGAAUACUUGGCGUGAAAAUGUAUUGCAGCACUUUAAGCUAUUACAUGCCAUGAUACUUAUCAGAUACUCUGAAGCACUUCAGUUUCUCAGGGUCCCUGCCAUCUCUUCCGCUUAAAACAUAGUCUGGGAUACUGCAGUGUUCAGAGACUGAAAUUGUGUCAGAGGUGAAAGUUAGUUUUGCAUUUCUUGAUUAGUGGUGCAGGCUAAAGGCUUUGAGACAAACCUAAGCCAUUAGUAGAAGUUUUAUAAAAGGAGAAUGCUGCCUUCUGUUUUGCCCACACUUUUUACCACAGAUGAACCUGUGAAAUAAAACUGCUACCACUGAAUUUUGCUAUACUUCAUUGUGCCAAAACCCAUAACAAACACAUUGUAGUGGUUCAUCUUAAAAUAUUUAGAACAUAGGAAAUCUUGUCUGGCUCAUAUGUAAAAUUCUGUGAUAUUCACAGAGAAAUGUGACAAACUAUAUGCAGAUUCAUUGUUCCUAUGUUUAGCAGGCAGUUACUGAGUUUGCCUCUGUUUGACUUCUUGGAUUUCCACAUUCUUGACUUCCAAGAAAUAACAUCCUUGGUAUCUGGGUGAUAUCGGAAGAUUUUGGACCAGUAAACAUUUCCAGCAAGUGAAUGUAGGCUGUCUAGCUAAUUGAAGAGGAUGGAGAUAUUCUGUACCAUCAGCUUGUCUGUGUUGCACUGAGAACUUUUUUGAACUGCAUUUGACUUGCAGUGUAAUAUUGAUGGGUAUUGAUUUGGGGUACUAGGACCAGCUUUUCAUUAUUGCAUUACAGCGAACCUGACACAGUGUUAGAUUGCAAAGAGUUCAGUAAAGGAGGAUUAUGUAAGCAUUUCCCUCAGUUUUGGAAAGAUAUUGAGUAAUCAUCAGUGAUGAAAGUCACAUAACCUGUAUGUAUAAGAAGUCCUGAGUUAAGUGUAAAAAUACAGCAUUUAAUGGUGAAAGCAGUGCCAUGCCUACCAACAAGACCUGACUCUUGUCAUAACCACUUCCUGCAGAAAAGUUAGUAUACCACUAAAUAUGCUUAUUCAGAGUUGUGUAUACCAUAUGAGCAAAUAAACUUGUAUAAAUAUGUUUUAUGCACAACUGUUUGAGAUUUUAUGAUGUCAUAAACGAUAUAAGUCAUAAAGUGGCUAUGGUGUGAAAGGUGUAUGUAAAAAUCUGAAUGAUCUUCAGUCGAUAUCUCAUAAUAUGAAAUGUGUAUUAGUUAGAUGGUUGGGUCUUCUGCUUUCAAACUUCCCCUGUGCUGAUUGUCCUAAAAUUUAAAAAAAAAGGUACUUCACAAACGCUUUAGGAUAAUGCUGAUGGAUGUUUUCAGGGAUGGAAAACAAGCCUAAUACAUGGCAAUUGAAGUCCAUCUGAUGUAUCUAGUCAGAUUUCAUUGCCACAUCCUAGCUCUGGGGAAGUCAAAACUGUAGGUUGUAUGUAUGAUGUGGGAUGCAGUUCUUACUGGUUUUGAAUCAGUGUCUGCUACUGAAGUAGACAACUAACUGGAAGCAAAAUUAUUUUUUUUUGCUAGUUCAGUAGCAUUGCUGUAGUACUGGGAUUUGCUUCUGUAGACUGGUGGCUGGAUUUUGGGGCCUGUAACCAAAUGAUUUUUUUUAUUGGACUUUUGCUAUAAAAUACUAAGCUUCCUUUUCCAGCUCUGCGAUAUUUUCCUCUACUGAUCUGCCCCUAGAAAAUACAGCUGCUGUUGUAGUCAUCGCCAUAAUGAGAAUAUAUGCCUACGAGUAAUCCUUUGUUGGGAAUAGUCACUGUUGCUAAUGGUUUGCUGAUAGCAGGGCACUUUUGUACACUGUUAAAGCAGAUUCUCUGAGCUGGCAGCAGGAUUGCCAACAUUAAUGACUGCUGGACUUAACAUUCCAAAUUAUGCUUCUUAUAUGGUCAGACCAAAGAUGGUUGCCUUCACCUCUCCUUUCAGUUGCCAGUUGCCCUGGCAGUAUUACAAUUUCUGGAGUAUGGCAAAUUCUGUUUUGGUCUUGUAAUAUUGCUGCUUGUAAUAUUUUUCUGUAAGCAAGGUUCUUCAUAGUUUUGUGCAGUACCAGGAUCCUGCAGAUAGCCUCCAUUUAGGGUCAAGAUUAUCUUGGUUCUUAGGGAAUGAACACAACAGGCUGACAGGAAUGGUCAAAAUGUAGUCUUCUAGGGACACACACCCUACUGUUGGAAGGAGAAUGCAUAGCCAAAAUGCAAAAUCUUGUCAGUAGUGUUCAAGCCAUUCAAAGGCGUUAAAUACAUACAUACACUUUGUUUUAGUUUCUAACUACAUUGGUCCUUUUGUAUGGUUAAAAAAUAGAAUAUAUUUACAAUGCCUUCCAUGGCUAGUAACAGACUGUUUUAGAUGAAGGAAAGAUGUCACUAUUGACAAGAAAGUAUUCAGUGCUAAGGUCUGCAGCACUGUAAUAAAUUUUCUGGAAAUGGUGACCACCAAAAAAAAAAAAAAAAAAAAAAACGAUCCAUAAUAAAAACACUAGUUCCCACAAACCUAAUGGUCAAAAGAGACUGCACAUUUAGAUUCCAGGGAGACAGUGGCACCUUCUUAAGAGGUCUUAAGGUGCAGUAAGGUCUCUAUCAAGGAAACUUAACCUAGCUCUUGAGGGACAUCCAAGAUGAAGUGUAGAAAAUGUAGUGUACUGCAGAAACAUAAACCUCAGCAUCAGAUGGACAUAGUACUCUUAAGAACCUGCCAGUAAAAAGAAAAAAUAUCUUUUUGCAGCAUUACAUUUCCAGAAUGUGACUUUCUAGAAUGUUGAAAUAUAUAAAUUGCCCUUCUGCAGAAGGGUGAAGUAGCAGUCUGUAAAUCUUCAACAAACAGCUGACAGCUUGAAGAUAGGGUCAUGUGAAAGAAAGAAUGAAUCCUUGUUCUAUUUUCAGAAAGGGGGUGGUUGAGAAAUGUGCCCUUACGACAUAAUGGGAGUAUAGACCGGAUUGCACUAUUCAAAAUUACUGUUUACUUUCAGAAUCUUUGAACAGUAUAUUGGUAACUUCUGUGUAGUGACAUUUUCUGGUUUGUCUACUUUGCCAGCUUUUAAACACACUUUUGUGUUUUGUCUUUAACUACAGACAGUGUUGAUGUGUAAUAUUUUGUAAAAGAUAAGAAUUAACAGCAAUUUUUUUCCUCCAUUCAUUUCCUGUGUCAGCCAGUCACAUCAGUUUUCCUAAAACUUCAUCCUGUCAAGUUUUAGCUGUAGCUGACAUCACAUUACAUAGCAAAAAGAGAUGUUUACCACAACAGAGACUUGAUAUGUUUUUACCACAUGUAAGGAAGGAAAGGAUGCAAAAAAAACUUUGCUAUUUGGGAUUUUUCAGGUUAAAAAAAUAAUGCUGUGGGAAGCCAAGGAAAUGGAUUCCUAAAGUGACUACCAAAUUGCAUGCAAACCUAACAUAAUACGUGGAGUAGACUGAACUGUAAAGAAAUGCCACACAAGGGCAGAAACAGCAAUUCAUAUUUGUUUGUAGGAGACAGUUUAUGGGGUCAUUUUGCAGAGAGGCUGUGCUCAGUGGGAUGAGGAAAUGUGCUUUGGAUGUAGUUUUACUGUCUUUAAUGUAGAGGAGAUUAAGAACUCUAUUGUAAUAAUUUCCCAACGCUUUUGUAAUAUCUGGUGUUGGGUCUACAGCCAGAAGGACUCCUAAAAGUAUUAUUUAUUUUAGUACGUCUUGCUUUGUUCCCAGAAAGCAAACUGCUCUCCAUGUUACUGCAUUGUGGUGCAGUAUGGUAAGCAAAUUGGCCAUUUCAGCUGCUUUAGCUAGACAGUUGCCCUAUGAAGAGAACAGUAAGUCUGCUGUUUGGAAAGCUAUUUUGCUUUUUGAAAUGCUGUUACAUUGACAUUACAGCUUGAACUGAUGCAGAUGUAGUAAAAGCCAUCAGAGGUAUUUAUUUCCUAAGUCGCCGCAUUGCUAAGCACCCCCCCCCCUCUCUCUCUCUCAAAAAAAAAAAAAAAAAAAACUUUCAGACUGCAGUU